UUUAACUUUAAAUAUGUAACUACCAACACAUAUAAACCUACAUGAAAAUAUCAGGAGCUUUACUAUACUAUAGGGCCACUGCAACUGGUGCUGGAAUAUGCGGAACACGGGAGUCUCCUUCACCUGCUGUGGACGUUACGUGCGGAGUCCAAAAUCAACAGGACCGUUCUGGUCAAGAAACGGCACAUCUUCGAGAACAUGAUGGUGGGAGUCUGCUGCGGGCUGGAGCACCUGGCGAGCGAAAGGCUGGUUCACCGAGACAUCGCCGCCAGAAACAUCCUGAUCUGUGGGAAGGGAACCGCCAAGAUUGCUGACUUCGGGCUGGCUCGUGACACGUAUGCUGUUGGGUACCAUCGGCAGGAGAGGGGUAACGAACUUCUGCCUCUAAAGUGGAUGGCGCCGGAGGGUCUGAAGAACGAGGCUAUGUUUACCCACAAGAGUGACGUGUGGUCUCUUGGGGUUCUGUUGUGGGAAGUGGCGCAGCUGGGUCGCACGCCGUUUCCUGGGAUGGACGGCGCAGACAGAAUAUACGAUGCUCUGCGUAACCACUUCAGACUCCCGAUGCCACAGCUCUGUACGGAGGAAAGGUACCAGCUCAUGCUGAAAUGUUGGAAGUUUAACGAGAAGAGAAGGCCGGACGCCACAACAGUUAGAAAACAACUGGAGGCAGAUCCUAAUGGCUUCUUCUACAUCAAUGUGCCAACGGCAGCGAUAGAGGCGUGGGCACCAGUCACUCCGGUGUGAGACCACAUAGAACGUCGGUAGGAGAUCAGGGCAUCACCUUCACAGAACUAACUUAAUCAAGAUUUUUUGUCAAGUCUUAAUGACGAGUUUUUGGUUGCUCAUUAGCCGUUCAUGCAGUCUGAUCUUACCAACUGUACCCAAGGCAUAAAGCUACGACAAAUGAAUUGUAAUUACUAAAGGCAAGAGAAGAUUGUCGUAAGGUACAUUGUUACAACCCUUGUCUUGUUGGUCAUUCUGUUCAUUAUAUGCUGUCUGUCUAUGCUGUUGUUUAACUAGUCUAAAAUGUUACAAAGAAUGUUAUUACGGCCAAAUAUCGGUAUAAGUGAAAAAAAUUGUGAAAAAAAUUGUCAAAGACUUCGAUGUUAGAUCUGCCAUAUGUAAGCUUAGAGUUAGCGCUCAUACAUUAGAAAUAGAAAAGGGUAGAUACAAACAAUUGCCUGUUAACGACAGAAUAUGUAAAUAUUGUAUAGGAAACGCAGUGGAGGAUGAAAUGCACUUUAUUUGUCA